AGAGGGAGAGUGCGGAGCCGAACUUGGGAACGGCAACGAAGAAUCAUCUCGCCGUGUUAUACGUGUUAAAAACUGAACACCAUUGGGGGAACACUCGCGAUUUUCCGUAUCGCGGCACACUCGACACGACUGGGUCCAGAUACACACGGCACACCGGGGGCCCUCCUCACCGCGUAGCGAGUCCACGCCGAUUAAAACAGGAGGGAAUAAUCGGUUCCGGCCGACGAGGACGGUUCUGGGCUUGUUUUCCGCGCGCGAGGUUAACAGUCAUCAGCAGAGAUCGCGGAAACGACGGACGAUGAGAGUGUGAGAAGAAAAUAGUGUUUUUUUUUUGUUUGCUUUUGGCUCGUAGUUGUUGUUGUUGUUGUUGUUCCUCGUGCCACCGGACCACGCGAUCCAAGAAGAGAGUGUUUCUUCGGUUUCGGACGUCGUUUCGCCUGAAAAUCGUUCUCGGACCUUACGAUCAAGGCGACGAAAAAAGAGAAACACCGGCAAGUCAAACAAAUCAGGUCACAACCAUGAAAUUCACGAUCCCGCUGCAGCAGUUCAAGAAAUGCAUUAUACUGUUCUUCCUGGGCGUCACUUGCAGCGCCUUGGCCUAUGUCCUCUACAUCGUCAAUCCCGUGAGGGCGAUAUUAGAAUACAAAAUGCAAAUGAAACCGAAUUCGUUGAUUUUCGAUCUAUGGAGGAAGCCACCUAUCGACGUUUAUCUGAAAAUCUAUAUAUUCAAUAUCACCAACAGGGAUGAAUUUCUGAAGGGCAAAGAAAAAUUGAAAGUCGAAGAGAUUGGUCCCUAUGUUUACCAGGAAAUGUUAGAUAACCAGAACGUCACAUGGCACAAGAACAACACGAUAUCAUACACCCCGAAAAGAACGAUAGUGUUCGUCCCCGAGAUGUCCAUUGGCGAUCCAAAAGUCGAUCUAGUACACGUCCCGAAUAUACCGAUGCUGGGUCUCUCAUCCACGUUGCAUGACCGUGGAUUCUUCGUCAAUUAUCCUUGGACGCAGCUUGUCAACAUGUUCGACAGCAAGCCGAUCUUAAACAUCACGGUCCACGACUACCUAUGGGGCUACGAGGACAGUUUGGUCCAUAUGGCGAACAGCGUUAUGCCUAGUUUCAUUGAUUUUCAGAAGUUUGGUCUACUCGAUAGGAUGUACGAUGAAGGAGAAAACGUUGUGUUCAUGAAUAUCGGAAAAAAUGAUAACAUGACAGACGAGGAAGGCCGUUACCUGAGUAUCGAAACCUAUAAUUACAGUCCAGGAAUGUCGCAAUGGGGAUAUAAAGAGCCGGAAGGAAACGAGACGAUACCAGAGAACACAAUUUGCAAUCGCGUGAAAGGGUGCACCGAGGGCGAAUUAUUCCCAACGAAUUUGGACGUGCACGCGACAUUCAGGGUCUUCAGAAAAGCAUUCUGCAGGGCGAUUCCGAUCGUGUUCAAGGAAAAAGUGUGGAUGGAGAACGGUCUCGAGGGAUACAUGUACACUGUGGCGGAAGAUUUCUUAGACACGCCGGAUCAGAAUCCGGAGAACGAGUGCUUUUGCAAGAAAAAGUCCAAGUGCCUGAGAAAAGGACUAUCUGAUAUGACACCAUGCUAUUAUAAUAUCCCAGCAGCUAUGUCCCUGCCGCAUUUCCUCGACGCGGACCCGAGUCUACGGGAGGACAUCGAAGGCCUUAAACCGGAGCCCGAGAAACAUAGGGCGAAAAUCAUUCUACAACCGACGGUCGGCAUCCCAAUGAAGAUUAACUCGAGAAUACAGAUCAACCUCGUCAUGUACCCUACAUUCUACAAUGACAAGAUCACGGCUUUCAACGAUCUGACGGUACCAUUAUUCUGGAGCGAUCUGUACAUACCUACACUGCCAAGCGACCUGCUGCUGCUCUUGAAACUGGCGCUUCACGUGCUCCCGAUAGUACAGACAGUGAUAAUCUGGUUGCUGGCCAUCGCGGGAGUGACAAUGACCAUGUUAUCGAUACCAGCCUUGCUCUGGACCAUCAAUCAACAGCAGGAAGAACUUCCGCCGGACAGACGAGACAGCACUGAUUUAAGGAUACCACUGAACUACGGCCAAUACACCACGAUACACAUACUACCGGCCAUCAAGAAGAUCACGUCGAAGACCGAUCUGUUUAGUUAACGCCUCGGGAAUGUCCGGGAGGUAUACGAAGUAAACACACACGGGUUGCAACGUUGAUGAAAAAGACGUCCUCUAUACUCU